UGACCACGUUUCUAGUCGAGCCCUUGUGGCCGAGGCACCGAACGCAAGGGGCGCUCCGCCCUCCUGGACGCGGUCGCUAUAGUAACCAGUCUUCGCUUCCAAGGAGUUACAAGCAUGGUAACCAUCAGUGAAAAUUCAUGAAUUUGAGCAAGGCAGUGUACUGAGCAGGAGAGACAAAGAGCUGAAAAUGGCAAAAAGAGAAACAGAUGAUCACGGAGCAUCACUUUCUCAGUCUUCUUUAUCACCCUUGACUAUCGUCAUGGAGGUAUCACCGCAGAGCAAUGCUGAAGGCACCUUCAGUGGAAAUACCAUUCACCCAACUUAUAAAUGUAUUUCAAAAGAUUUACCAAGAGAGUUUAUGUCAUCCCAGGCAAAAGCAGUUAUUAAAACUACUGAAGAUUAUUUGCAGUUUGGCCCCAACAGACUUUUGCAUUCAGCGGCAGUAUCAGAAGGGUCAGGACUUCAAGAUUGCUCCACACAUCAAACAGCAUCAGAUCAUAGCCAUGAUGAAAUAUCAGACCCAUAUAGCUACAAAUCAAACAGUAAAAACAAUUCUUGUUUUUUAUCAGCAUCCAAGAGAAACAGACCUGUCAGUGCUCCAGUGGGUCAACUGAGAGUUGCAGAGUUCUCUUCUUUAAAAUUUCAGCCAGCCCAGAAUUGGCAUAGAUUGUCUCAAAGUCACAAACUUCAUCCCAGAGUGAUUACAGUAACAGCUUACAAAAAUGGAUCUAGAGCAGUCUUUGCCAAAGUUACAGUACCAACCAUCACCUUGUUGCUGGAGGAGUGCACAGAAAAGCUGAAUCUGAACAUGGCCGCACGACGAGUGUUCUUGGCAAACGGCACUGAAGCCCUCAAACCUGAAGAUAUACCCCAUGAAGCCGACGUUUAUGUUUCAACAGGAGAGCCCUUUUUAGAUCCAUUCAAAAAAAUUAAAGACCAUCUGUUGUUAAUGAAGAAAGUAACUUGGACAAUGAAUGGACUGAUGCUUCCUACUGAUGUUAAAAGACAGAAAACCAAGCCUGUUCUUUCUGAUAGAAUGAAGGAACUUACUGAGAAGACCUCAGUCCGAAUUCUGUUCUUUAAGAAUGGCACGGGGCAAGAUGGGCAUGAGAUUACAGUGGGAAAGGAAACAAUGGAAAAGGUUUUAGAUACUUGCACAGUGAGAAUGAACCUAAAUUCACCAGCCAGAUAUCUUUAUGAUUUGUAUGGCAGAACAAUUAAAGAUAUUUCAAAAGUUCCUCUGCUUGAAAAAUGCCUGCAAAAUUCCAUCACACCUUUGCGGGGACCAGUUUGGGUCUCUAAGGGAGAAGGUUUCAGCCCCUCAGGAGCUAAGAUGUACAUCCAAGGAGUUCUUUUGGCCUUGUACCAACGACUAAAGUCUGCAAAAAAAUAUUAUACACAGUAUGAAGUAAGAAUGGCUAUUGUAGAAGCUGGGCUAAAAUGUAAACCAAUCGCAUUCUGGGAAAAGAAAUUGUGAAUUAACUUCUUGUCAAGACUAACUCACUUCAUUUAUGCUUAUUUAACUUGUAUGUUUAGAAAGUAAAGAAAUAGAACUAAUAUAUUUGAAUCUGGUUAAACUUAAUUUUGUCCUUUAAUUUCUAAGUAUCCUUUCCAUAACUGAGUGUGUGUGUGUAUGUGUGUGUGUAAAGACUUUGAUAUUUUUAGAACUACUUAUAGGGACUUGGAUUUAUCUUAAAGUGGAACUAACAUUGCAAAGCGGAAUGAUUGAUGGCCAUUUUAAAAAUAAAAAUGGAGUUACCACAUUUUUAG